UUUGGGAAUAAGAUGAGAUUAGAGAAGUGCUGGUUUUGUUCCUCCACCAUUUAUCCGGGCCAUGGUAUUCAAUUUGUUCGCAAUGAUGCCAAGUUUUGAUAUGCUACUAUAUAUGUGUAUGCUUGGUACUAUCAAGAUAUAUGCAGUUUUCAGCAAAAUUUAGCAGUGUUAACGUCAUGCCAGAUUAAAGGCAUCAAUUAAUCAUUAAUGAUUUUCCGAUUCUGUAGAUCUAAAUGCCACAAGAACUUCAAGAUGAAGAGGAAUCCCCGUAAAGUGAAAUGGACCAAGGCCUAUAGGCGUUUGCAUGGAAAGGACAUGACACAGGAUUCAACAUUUGAGUUUGAGAGAAAGCGUAAUAGGCCAGAGAGAUAUGAUAGAAACAUUGCAGAGAAUACUCUUAAGGCCAUUAAAAAGAUUGAUAAAAUCAGAUCAGACAGGGCAUACGACCACAUCAAAAACAGGCUUAAGACAGGCAAAAUCCAAAGGCAGAAACAAGCAAGAAAACAAUUGGAGCAGGACAUCCACUUGGUCAAAGCUCCGCUUGCUCUUGCGCAAGACUCAUCUCUUCACCUUCCAAAAAUCACAGUCAAUGUCUCCCAAACAUGGACGGAAGAGAAUCAGCCCAUGGAAGAGUGAAUUUGGUUGUGUUCUUCCUCCGCUUGCUAUUUGUCCAUCAGAACGUUGUGCUUGCAACUCCUCACUAUAAGUAUUAAAGAGUUUUCUGUUGUGUGGAAGCAAACAUUUUCCAGAAUUUUGAAUAGCAUAUUUAAAUGUUAUUGUUCUCUCUUUUUCUCUCUCGUCCAGUUUCUAAUAAUAGAAACACAUUAACAGUAAAUUGUUAUGUUUGUUUUACCCUUUUAAAUGUGGUGUUACAUGCUUCCAACUAAAUAUUUGACCUUUGUAGUAUGAAUGUAUGACUUGGAUAUCUGGACUUCUGUCUUUCUCCAAUGCAAGUGUUUAUCUGG